AGCCUGAUGGGAGUAGUAAACCAGAUGGUCACUCAUUUAGCCCGCAAAGGUUAGCCCGGGUGCUAACUCAAAUUGAGUUACCAUUUUUUUUUGCCUCGGCGUUGAAGAAACUAUACAAAAUGCGGAAGUUGCUCCACUUCACCCCCACACGCACAAACUCUCAGCUCCUCCCCUCUGCAUACCUCUGGAGCUACACAGAAUGUCUGUCUCUCUUCUUCCUGUAUUCUGGUUUGUACAAGCCACAGUGAGAAACACCACUCCUGUGCAGCUGAGCCAUUGAGUCGUGCACACUGGUCAGAUAUCAGCAUUAAUAGUCUCAAGAUAUAAUGGAGGGAAUGUAUUUUUACCAUAUACAUUUCUGGACGCAUUAAUCUUAUUAUUAUAGAGACAAUCACAUUAACUGGCGUUAAAUCCAGAGUGCACUGACCUGCACUGUUUUAUCUUUGUGGAUGUCCUGGGCUCUUGUUAAAUAAAGAUGGAAAUCUUGGAAUUGACAUUAUAAUUACUUACAGUAGGACAAAUGUGCAAAUAAGUGAUACAUAUAGAUUUAUCCAGCAGCAUAAAUAGUUCCAUCCAAGUUAAACUAGACUGUAAUGGAAGGAGAAGCAGAGGAGAGGGAAGGCUCUGACCUCCCAGAGAUGAGAAAACCUGUGGAAGAAGCAGAAGAGCUUGAGAAUGAAAAGCAGAUGGAGGAGGGCAGAGAUGUGCCGCACAUCCCCUUGCAUCGUUGGGUAAUGCACGGAGCAGUGAUGUUUGGACGUGAGUUCUGCUACGCCAUGGAAACUGCCCUGGUGACGCCAUUGCUGCUGCGGAUCGGUCUUCCUGAGCAAUAUUACAGUUUAACCUGGUUCCUCAGUCCAAUUCUUGGUCUCGUCUUCACACCAUUGAUUGGCUCUGCCAGUGACCGAUGUACUCUGCGUUGGGGCAGAAGACGACCAUUCGUUCUGGCCUUGUGUGUGGGUACACUGCUGGGGUUGACACUGUUUUUAAAUGGAUCAUUAAUAGGCCUCUCCAUCGGUGAUACCCCCAACAACCAGACAAUUGGCAUUAUUUUUACCGUAUUAGGUGUAGUAGUGCUGGACUUCUGUGCUGACGCUGCUGAAGGACCAAUCAGAGCUUACCUUCUUGAUGUUGCCGACACUGAGGAGCAAGAUAUAGCCCUGAAUAUUCAUGCCUUCUCUGCUGGACUGGGAGGAGCAGUGGGCUACAUGCUGGGUGGCCUUGACUGGACUGGCACACCUCUGGGCCAGGCAUUUAAAUCACAGGAGCAGGUUCUUUUCCUGUUUGCGGCCAUCCUCUUGAUUGUCUCUGUCACACUACACAUGUUCAGUAUACCUGAGCAACCGUUUAUGCCAUCCAACCAGCUUAAAGCCACAGGAAGUGGGGAGUCUAUCAGCCAGUUGUCUUUAAGGCCCGUUGGCCAAAUGCCACCUGUGCUUGAUGUGAUUGUAGAGGAGGAUGCUUCUGCUCAUGGCCCAACCCAGGACAACAACGAGGCAGAUCCAGAGCAAAUGGAAAUGGAUUUCCUUACUGUGGACCGAGUGAGAAGUAAAAGUGAUUCAGUCUUAGCCAUGCCAGAUGCCACCAUCGACUUAGAUCCUGACCUUGACCCAGAUGCACAACAUUUCUUGCCAGAGGUGCAUCCCUUUCUACCAGAGACACAAGGAGAGUUAGAAGAUGCUUUUAAGCCUUCAGGCCACUGUAUUGGGCCCUCACCCUCUCCUGGUAAAACCCCUACCCUUACUGAUGUGGUCUCAGAGCCAACAUACCCAGUUUGUCCUGUACUUAAGCAUCCAGUGAACCGUCCUUGCUCAGUGGACUCACACCAGAGACAGCAGAUCAAGUCUACCAAUGGUGUCGGCCCUCACGUGUCCGCCGACCACAGCAGCCCAACCAAAGGCCAUGGUUCUUUAAAGCCAGGGAACCGCCCCUUGAGUGCGACAGGGUCAUCACGGCAACACCGGCACAGUUUCUACAGACAACCUUCCUUUACAUUCUCAUACUAUGGCCGUGUAGGAUCACAGCGCAAUCGACUGAGACGGACAAUCCCUUCAAGCCCUCAGCCAAUCACUACCUCCCGCAGUCUGAAUGAUCUGAGUGACUUACAGCAACACUCAGACAAACGAGAGCUCCACCUGUCAGCUAGCAGUCUUUCAUCUGAGGGCUCAAGCAGUGAUGAAGAACCAGACAGGGGUACAACAGUUCGACUGCUGUGGUUGUCCAUGUUGAAGAUGCCGAGGCAGCUGUGGAGAUUGUGUGUGUGUCACCUCUUCACAUGGUUCUCCAUUAUUGCCGAAGCUGUGUUUUACACUGAUUUUAUGGGGCAAGUCAUUUUUGAGGGAGACCCCAAGGCACCAGCCAAUUCCACAGAGCUACACAAUUACCAAAAAGGAGUACAGAUGGGCUGCUGGGGACUGGUGGUCUAUGCUGCGACUGCUGCUCUCUGUUCUGCUAUCCUCCAGAAGUACCUGGAUAAUUUCGAUCUGAGCAUUAAGGUCAUCUACAUCAUGGGGACUCUGGGGUUUUCAGUAGGAACUGCAAGUAUGGCAAUCUUUCCUAAUGUUUAUGUUGCCAUGGUAAUGAUCAGUGGAAUGGGCAUCAUCUCCAUGAGUAUCUCCUACUGUCCCUAUGCAUUACUUGGGCAGUACCAUGAAAUCAAGGAGUACAUUCACCACAGUCCAGCAAACACUCGAAGAGGUUUUGGUAUUGACUGUGCUAUCUUAACCUGCCAGGUGUAUGUAAGCCAGAUUUUGGUUGCAUCAGCCCUGGGAGCUGUGGUGGAGGCAGUUGGCAGCGUGCGAGUCAUUCCUAUAGUGGCCUCUGGGGGCUCCUUCCUGGGCUUCCUUACUGCCUGUUUUCUUGUCAUUUAUCCCGAUGUGGAGCCCAGCAACCCACAGCCGCAGGAGGCUCAGAGUUUGGUUGCUUUGUGCGGAGAAUCUGACCAGAAGGGAGAAAGGAACGGUGAUCAGAGCCAGGCUGUACUGGACCUCACAGACAAAGACGGGUUGAAGAAGAUGGAGAAUCACUAACCUUGAACAUGGAAAUGAAGGUUGAAAAGGAUAAACGCUGUUAACAAUUUAUCCAGGAUAAAGGUUUAUCCUCAUCAAAUCACAAGCCACAGUGUGUGAGGAUUAUUUCAAAUCAUCUAUUUUAUGCAUUUGAUGAUCUGAGCGUUUCUGAAGGAGGAAAGAUGAUGAAACAAGAGCAGAUGGUUGGGCGUUGUGGGGAUUUGGAUGGAGGUCUUCUUGGAGAAGAGGACUGACCACAAGAAACCUAUGCUGUUACUAACUACCUCAACACCAAUACAAACAAAUUAGUAAAUAAGUGAACCAUUGAAACACAGAACCACAAGACUGUCUUUUACCAAGGAGCUACUGUUGGACUUAUUGAUGAUGUUUAACCCAUUACACCUGUCAUGUGGUUGUUAACACCUUGGAUUUGUUUUCUUGUGGCAUCAGUCAAAUAGACUGGCUCAUACAUUGUGUGAGAAAAGUCCUCAUAUUCAUGGUCAAAUUCUGUUUAUAAUAACAUAGAAAUAUUAUUCCCCUUG